CUCCCAUCAAGGCAGUCCUUGGUGCACCUCUUUAUUCCAAGAUACUCCCAGAAGGAUCAUAUCUCUGUGCUCUUAGCUGGCUUCCAGUCAGCAUCGCCUAGGCAAGCUCCUACGUAACGUCGCUGCUUAAAAUAAUAGUAAAUAGGACAAAUAUCGCGGGUUUCACGAAUCGCUUUUAUGGCCACUUAUGCGGUGUCCAUGCUAUUUUAGGACUGACCGCCGCUCUCGCAUUGCCUUUCGAUCCAAAGCAUUUGCAACUCUCGUUGCAAGAGCAUAGGGGUUCCUAUCCCCGUUAAGAGCAUACGGGUUCUCUCUAAGGUUAAGACGCUUCGUUAGGGAUGGAGGAGGUAGAACUGGUGGCGUACGCGGGGAUCGCGACGAGCAAAGGGAAUAUUCUGGCAGAUUAUGGCCGGGAAAGGGACGCGUACCGAGAGGCUAUCUCAUCGGCGCUGCCCAGUCUCCCGCAACACGUGUCGCAAGUCUCCAUGGGCCACGGGCGUCUGUUCGUCCUGUUUCUGGUAGCAAAAGACGGCAUUGUCUUCUUCUGCCUGGGCUACGACCCCCUCACCAAGGACCAGGCGCGCGGGCUGCUGGGGCGCGUGCGCACUGCGUUCCUCUACGCCGCGCGCAAGUGCGACCUGCACUCGGGCGCGCCGCUCCCCGACGCCACGCGCGACAACAUCCGCAAGUCGUUCGCGUCGACGUUCCGGUCGCACAGAGGAAAGAUCGAGGAAGGCGCGCAGCCGCCCCUGACGAUCUACCACGACGCGCCGUUCGCGUACCGGACGAAAUCGGAGGACUCGUUUCCCGCAGGCUUUUCCUGACUUCGGUUCCCGGGCCGGGGCCUCAAGCAUGGGAUAGACUGCUCCUGCUGCCUCAAGUGUUGGGUUUACUGCUGGGCUCAACCCUGCUUGAAGGAUGGGGUAGGCUUCUUUCUCCUGCUCGCCCUUCAGCUUCAGCCUUCUAUUUGCCUCCUCCAAGGGGUUACAGGGAGUAGGCUAGCAAUCUAUAGGGGGUUCUCUAGGAUUUUGCCAACUUUCGUAACAGAAGAUGCUGAAUCCGGAUCAUGCCUUGAAGCAUGCAUAUAGCUUCCAGAUCCACACUCAUGAACAUUUAUAGCUUUCUGGUCUGCCCUCUACCUUGAUAACAUUGAAGCACAUCAACAUAUAAUUUCAUAUUUU